UGCCUGUUAAUAAUCUAUCGAGCAUGUGCACACAUGACUGUAGUUAUCUUGUAACCUGCAUUUGACCGGGAGAAGUGUUCACUUAGUCGUCAGCGGCAAUUUUAAUGUGUUUUCUCCAACAAUUCUGAUAGAAUUCUUAGCUGGUACCAACAACGAAAUGCUACAGUACAUUCAAAUAAUCAGCUCGACCCGCGUGUGGCUCAUCAUCGCCGAAAUACUAAUAAGUAUAUCAUUGUCUCGUGCCCUCGUCGUUCUCGAAGUAUCAACUCACGAUCUAUAUCUGCAGGUGAGUGAAACGGCGCAACUUUCUGUGUUAUUGUCGACACCUUUAAACGACAGCGUAUCGGUGUUUCUGAGCACCAGUGCAGAGUGUAACAUGGUGAACAUUAUACCUCACAACCACACGAUACCAGCUAGAUCUACAGAACCUGUGAAUUUUGUUAUUAACCCGGUAGUCGCGGGAGAGACCGUUAUCUUUGUACGUGGAGAUUUCGUCAGUGAUUCCAGAACAUUUGUUCGUCUGUCUGUGUCCAGAAACCGAAUUUUUGAUAUCAUAGGUUCUACGAUCGGGUGGAUAUAUUUUUUUGCCUGGUCUUUCUCCUUUUAUCCCCAAAUAUACCUGAACUGGAAGCGUAAAAGUGUCAUCGGUCUUAAUUUCGAUUAUCUUGCCCUUAACACCGUGGGGUUCAUAGCGUAUUCAAUUUAUAACGUUUGUUUCAAAUAUUUCGACGGUGUUCGAGAAGAAUACAAAACACUAAAUCCCACAGGUGUGAUUCCUGUUGAAGUAAACGACGUUGCUUUCGCCUUGCACGUGACAUUCACGUCAUUUGUUUUAGUGUUUCAGUGUAUUUCAUACGAAAAGGGAAAUCAGAAAAUGUCGUGGUUAAUUAAGUUUGGUUUAGGCGUAGUGAGUUUUGGUUCCUUCGUUUACGUAGUAGUCAUUGUUUUAGAACUAGUAAAGAAUCAGCCAUGGCUGAAUUUUUUAUAUUAUCUUUCAUAUAUUAAAUUAGCCUCAACCCUCACGAAAUACACGCCUCAGGCCUACUUGAACUGCCGGCGGAAGUCUACGGAAGGCUGGAGUAUCGUGUUUGUGUUGAUGGACGUGACAGGUGGAUUUCUUAGUAUUGGUCAGAUGCUUCUUGUGGCAUACAACUACAAUGACUGGAAGUCUAUAUUUGGCAACUUCGCAAAAUUUGGACUAGGAGUCGUAUCAGUUUCAUAUGAUGUCCUGUUUAUGAUUCAACACUACUGCUUGUACAGGGAGAAUUCUGAAGAAGGAUAUCAGCGUCUACCCGAAGGAGGACAUGAUACUGUCCAGCUCAGAACACCUAAAACAUAAACCUUCAAAAAACUAAACAAUAAUAAUUCUAGGAGUACUCGUCGUUAUAGUAUUUAAUGAGGGACAAAUCUCCUUGUGAGAAAAUUUUAUUUAUUCUUGACCAAUAUGUGGAUAUAUUGAAAUGAAUAGUAACU